AGGAAUUGAAAGUUGUGUUUGGCUUUGGGUCAUAUUCAUCUCUUGACCCCAAAAAUCGGACAAAUAAAAGUUUGAUUUGAAUGUUUCUGCCCGUGUUCUCGCAGUCGUCAUUUUGGCAACGAAAGGGGAUGGAGCUGCAGCAAGACUGCGAAAAGCAAGAUCAUCAGGAAAAAGCAACUACAAGUACUGGUCGUGACAACCAGAACAACUACAUGGACGAGGCGGGGCUUCAACCUGUCAAUAUUUAUUCGGGACCCGCUACAAAUAUCUCGGGUCAGGAAGUAGCUGCGCUAGUGCACGACGAGAACCAAAACGAGCUGGACGACGCUCUUGAAGCCUCUGCAGCAGACGUGGGGCGCGAGGACGAGAAGUCCGGACGACAGCACAAGCUCGCGAAGAACGAAGUUUUUGACGCAACACGUAAACGACCCGUGGCGUCCUCCUCUUUUCCCAUUCGGAAAAAAGAACCGCGUGGUUGUGGAGGUGCACUACACGACGAAAUAGGAGCGGUACAACCUACUUCAGAGGAACUGCAAGACAACCACGCCGCCCCCGGUCCUGCCCGUAGUUCGGAAGACGAGGCAGCGCCGUCGCUGUCGGGCGAAAUUGGGUCGGACGUCGAGGACAAUUUUGUGAAGCACUUGGUGCACGAAAACACGUAUUGGCAGAAGAAGUAUACGAUAGCCAAGACCGUCUUCGAGCGCGAGGAGCAGAAGCGGAAGCGCGAGCAGGAAAAACGCAAAGCCGAGGAGGAAAAAAAACACGUAGAGGAGCAAAAGCGCAAGGAGGAAGAACUUCGGCGGAGAGAAGAAGAAAAGCAAAGACGGGAACAAGCGGAGGAGCAGAAACGGAAAGACCACGAGAAAUUCUUGCAGAGGCAGGAAGAGGCCAGGCGUCUGGAGGAGGAAAGCAGACGUAAGGAGAUGGAAGAGGAGUACCGGCGUCAGCAGGCAAAAAUUCUGGAGAAUGCGGCGGAAGAAAAGCGCAAAGACACCGAGGCGCUGCGAUCGGAGCUCGAAGUGCAAAAGAAGCACGAGGAGAAGUUGCGAUGCGAGUUGGAGGAAAAGACCAAGCACGAGGAGGCUCUGCGACUCGAACUGAAUUGGAAGAAGAAGUACGAGGAGACGCUGCGCAGCGAACUGGAUCAAAAGCAAAAAGGAGAAGAAGCACUAAGGCUGGAAACGGACGCGAAAGUCAAAGAGGCCGAAGAAAAACGAAGACAGGAGGAGGAACGAUGUCGGGAACUCGAGCGCAAGGUAGAAUUUUCUUUGAUAGAGAUAGAGGACGCAACUAGAUGUCAGUUUUCAGCAGUAAAAAUCUUCGUCCAUCUACAAAAAAACUUCAAUUUUUUCUCUGACUCACGAAAAGCUGCUGGCUUUAUUGCUCUUUUUUUAUGUAGUAGAUGUAGUGGUAGAAGAUGAUCCGUACUAGUACUUGAUGCACUACAACAGUUACUUGAAAUGGAGCGCGUGGCGAAGGACGCGCAGGAAGCUUUGGAAAAGCAAAAGCAAAACGCGAUAAGCAAGACGAAAGUAGUAGGCGAGGAGUCAAGGUCAACUACAACAACCCCGCAGCAGGGAGUGACACAAAAAUCACAAGUCCAGGUUGUGCCACUCACUCACGACGUGCUCGCACUGCAUGAUUCCUUUCAACAGCAAGGGCAACAGCGGGCGUCCACACGUCGAGACCACCGAGGAGAUCGCCUUCAUCAAACGCAGACCGUUGUAAGUCGGUCCGCUUCGCGCUGCCGUCAACAUCAUCCGAGAGACAAAGUUCCAGAGGAUGGCGGUGGAACAAUAAACCGCGGGAAUGACAAGGAUUUUCGAUUUCGUCCAAAGAUGCACCCGCUACCCCCAGCUGCGUUUCGUUUUCAAAGUUUGAAAACUGAAGAAACAAGGAGGACGUCGUGGUCACCAAUCGCCGUGGAAAAGCCCUUCGAAGGUAUCGACUGGAAAAAGGACGGAACAGCAAGAGCUGCAGAAAAAGAUUUUUACUCGGACGAGGACGAGCAGAUAAAAGACAUAAACAAGGGCGGAGAAAAAAAAAACCUCACCGCAGCAGGGAAAAUUGACAAAUCGACGGAAUUGAAUGAAGGUACUAGUAGAGCAGAUGACCUCAAGCGCCAGGAGACUGCUGACGAGCGUUGUGCAGCGUUUGGCGCACGACACAGGACGUUGGAUGACCCGACAUCGACAGGACGUCGAGACGCAGGUAAUAUAUAGAAGAUCAAGAUUUUGAACAAGAUGGAGCUAAUGAUCGAGGCGAAGACGAUGAACGACCAGCAAUUUUUUCUCUGUGGAACAAAAUCGAUCCGGAGAGAUCGAUUGGAAUAUAGUACGUAGGGUCCUGUCAACAUCAUUUUAUACGAAUUAUCUCUCAUUAAACUACAAGCAGGUUCUAGCGUCGCUAUGGUCACCAAAGCGGAGGCUGUGGGCACCAGCAGGUCCGUAACAGAAAAAAAGGACACGGAAAUUUGUUCUACGCCCCUGGCGACAGACCCUACACCGACAGCACCCCAGGAGCCGCAACAAGAACUGCCGCUUCCAAAUACUUCUUGUACAGUCACGUUGCUACAACUCGACAGCAGCAUUUCUUCCUCACCGCUUUCUGCCGUAAAGCAACCACCACCGGCGGUGGCGGCAGGGGAGCUGAAGAAAGCACAGGCAGACG